AUGCACUCAGCCUGGACUCUUGUUACCCUUCUCCUCGCCUCCUCCGCUCCAGCUGUCUUGGGCGGCAAGUGUAACGCUCCACGCGAAGCGGGCGAGAACAACAACUGCUUGGGGGGUUCCUACAAUGAUUGUGUAGCGAGGAACAACCAGCUGUGCACCGGCGAAUGCUUUGGCCAGCCCGCCGGAGGAGCUGGCGCCCCAUGCUACACUGGAUGCACUACUAGGAACCAGCAGUACUGCGCUGGCUACUGCAUGAAGAUCAGCAACUGUGAUGACUGCAUUGAGAGUCUCAAGCAAAUGGGUGCUGCGGGAUCCGAUGAGCAACACAAGGAGACUUGUAGCCAGGAAGAAUAUUCUUCGACUCCUCACCCCCCUGUGACCUCCAUCACCUUGAUCAGACUUGACCGACCGUCCAGCAAAAACGCCGACGAAAUGACCCGUUGGUCCUCCUUACCUACCGAGAUCCGCUGUAUGAUCUUGGAGACCCUGACAGCACACAAAUCCAUCGCACCGUACGCCUCGGUUUCAACGGAAUGGCGAGACUUUAUUGAAAAAAAGACCUUUGCUCAUCUUAGACUUCAUCCCUUAUGCCUCGACCACCUCGAGCAGCUCGACGAUCACUACAGGGGGAGAAUCGAGCAUCUAUGGCUCAAUAUAGAGCUCAACCGAUAUACUUGUCGAUCGUGCCGAAAGAGAGAGUCGCUUACAUUGUCGUAUUCCAUUGCAAAGAUCCUAAACGAAGCCAUCACCAGGCUAUUCUCCAUCCUGACGACGUGGAGAGAGCCUUUGACUCUGGAACUUAAUGCUUACUGCCCAAGCGAUUCGGAACACUGGUUCAAAAACAGUUACUUCGGAGCUCCUGGUGAAGACAAAUUCGAGUGUCAACCGCAUAGCGCAGAUCCUAUUCACGAUCCAGAGCACGGGUGGUAUAGGGGCCGUGUAACUAAAGCGCCACCAGACGACGCUCUACGACGUCCUUUUGGACAGGUAUCUGAGCUCAAAUUUCGACAGAGCCUCCCUUCAGUCCAUGCCGUGAUUAAAUUCGUUGUACGUCGGCAGUGCCGUCAGCAAUUCAAUCCUGAAACCUUACAAUACCUCUGGUCAAAGCUUCCAAACUUAAAAGAGAUCAGCUAUGAACCGUGGCAAUCACACUUGAACAUAGCACAGCGAGUUUCAGAUAUAGGCAAGAAGUAA